CAGUUCAAGGUCAGAAACAAACUAAUGGGGUUGUGAAUCACCCCUUUCUCUUGCCACGGUAACUGGGGGUAUGUAACGACCAGGGGAUUAUUUCUUUAAACGAGGUUCAGAUCACCGCUGGGCUCAUCAGCUGCUUUUAUCCCCGUCAACGGCGAAUACCGCAAGACCAGUCGGCUCUGCUCUCUACAAUGGAGUGCCUUUUAACGGUACAAUGCAUUUCACCUACCAGAUAGGGGGAGUCCAAGCUGAAAGAUGAAGGGAAUAUGCUGAUGCCGGGCGAUCGGCAUCAAUGCAAACGUUUACUGUUAGCGGACAUAGGCUGAGGGGGACAGAAGGAGAGAGACAAGUAAUAAAGCCGUGUUUUUCAUUUGAAACUCAGGAUGCGCGGCAGGGAGCAGUUGUAGAGAGGGGAUCGAGGAGUGGACAAUCUUUAACAGGUCCUAAGCGCACUUUUCAACACCCCCGUCAUCCGACAAGAAUAUGAUCCGGUCAAAUCAUAUGGACAUGCCUCAUUAUUCAAUGAACACUAUUUCCUACAACGCAUCGUUUACGCGCAGGAGUUAGCCGGCGCUUCGCCAAAUUUAAAAGGCUCUUGUCGUCCCACCUUCUGUGAAGCUGUCGGCACUCUUCCUGACAUCCGGCAUUCGUUGGAGAGGCGGCAGCCGCGCAGGACUCCCUGAUCAGUGCCGACCUGAAGCGGAGCUGAAGCUGGCUUAACGGGCUAAGCACACUGUCACGCUGUCUGAGAAACUACCCCCACCCCCUGUCUGAGGUGGCCAUUCCAGCAAGCAGGAGUCAGUGAGGAGUGACAGAGAGAGGCUUCUUGAUCCUAACAGACAGGUUGUGGACCAGUAUGCAGUUGGUGUAUUAAGGAUGGAGGACUCUAGUUUAUGUCUUGGUGUGUCAUCAGCGGUUACUGACGCUGAUGCCCAUCUGAGCAAUGCAGUGUUAAAUGGCCGCUAUCCCAUCAGUCAAAAACUUCAUCAGCUUACUGCCCAGCUAGGACACGCCUUUCCUGAACUACACCGCCCACAACAGAUACCUGAAGAGAAGGCAGCCACACCUUUAGAUGAGAAGACUCACCACGCAGCCCUGGCCAGUCAACCUAUAAGCAGUCAGAUGGCCCUGCUAGCCAAUCAACUUAACCGUGACAUUGAUGCAGGGGCACUAAGUGGGUUGAACGGGCGUGUUGACCUACAGCAGUUUCUCAAUGGGCAGAACUUGGGCAUCAUGUCGCAGAUGAAUGAUAUUGAAGAUGACGCUCGCAAGAAUAGGAAGUAUCCCUGUCCAUUGUGUGGCAAGCGCUUUCGUUUUAACAGUAUCUUAUCACUGCACAUGCGCACACACACAGGAGAGAAGCCAUUCAAGUGUCCAUACUGCGACCACAGAGCAGCUCAAAAGGGUAACUUGAAGAUCCAUCUCCGCACCCACAAGCUGGGGAAUCUUGGUAAGGGACGUGGUCGUGUCCGAGAGGAGAACAGGCUGCUGCAUGAGCUUGAAGAGAGGGCCAUCCUUAGGGACAAGCAGAUGAGAGGGAGUGGCAGUCUCCUCCAGACACCUCAAACACCUCAUCUGGGCCUCAAUAGCAGCUCUAACACCCAUCAGCAGCAAUUAGGUUCAGCCUGUGGCCCCCCUCCCCCUUCUGGCCUUGCCACUCCAGACACCAUUUCCCAGCCUUCUUCUUCACCCAAGCCAGCUGGCACCCAAGAUGAGCAGUCCCUGAACCCAACUACAGGCUUCCGUUGUACAUUCUGCAAAGGAAAGUUCAAGAAGCGUGAGGAGCUGGAUCGCCACAUCCGCAUACUCCAUAAGCCCUACAAAUGUACUUUGUGUGAGUUUGCUGCAUCUCAUGAAGAGGAACUUAUAAGUCACGUGGAGAAGGCCCACAUCACAGCUGAGACCACACAGGGCCAGGGUGCUGGUGGAGCUGGUGGCACACAGAUGGCCACUGAAUUUCGCUGUGACGUUUGUGGCCAGGUGUUCAGCCAAGCUUGGUUCCUUAAGGGCCACAUGCGAAAGCACAAGGACUCAUUUGAACACUGCUGCCAAAUCUGUGGCCGCCGAUUCAAGGAACCCUGGUUCCUCAAGAAUCAUAUGAAGGUGCAUCUGAACAAGCUUGCCAUCAAGAGCAAGCCACCCCAGCCCAGUGACCAGGACAUGGCUGCCGUCAAUAGCAUGAGCAAUCUGGCUCAGGAAGCUCAUGCCAACCUUUAUUCCCGCUACAUCUCCUGUCUUCAGGGAGGCUUCCUUUCACCAGACAAACAGGGUCUGAAUGAGCAACACCAGUUGCUGGCUAAAGCAGGGAUAGCUAUGAAGGAAAAGGAGAUGUUAGGGAAGCUGCUGGGGCCGAUGGCAGGAGGUAUGGGCCAUGUGCUGGGUGAAAAUGAGAAACGCUCUCUCCUUGGUUGCCUGAAUCUUGUGCCACCACUCAAGUCAAGCUGCAUGGAGCGCCUCCAGGCAGCUGCAAAAGUGGCAGAGAUGGACUCCCUCAAUAGCUACCAAGCCUGGCAGAUAAUGGCUCGUGGCAUGGCUAUGGACAGGGCUUUCAUGCCUAAGGAUCAGCAGCAGCACCAGCACCAUAUACCCCCAGGACAGGAAGAUGAAAUGAGUGGUGUGGGGCCCUUGGCUUCCUUCUCAAAGGAUAAACAAGACUACUCCUUGAUUGCUUCAAGCGAUAGCUCCAAGCAGAAGCAGCUCUCUGAAGCCUUGCAGGGAUCCAAGGCCUCUGGUGGAGCCAUGAUAUCCAUGAAGGAGGAUGGAAGAGGCUUCGACAGUCAUCGUGACCUCAUGUCCCACCAUGGUAAUGCAGAGGCACCUGGAGCCCUGGCUGGCUUAGGAAGCCCAAACAUUGACUUCAGCCAUUCCAAUCUGGGCAGCCUGAAGGAGAAGCCCUCAGAAUGUCCUGAUUGUGGCCGGGUCUUCAGAACCUACCAUCAAAUGGUUGUCCACUCCCGAAUCCAUGGGAAAGACAAGAGAAUCAUCGAGGAGGCACUUCAGCAAGGUCUGGACGAACGUCGCGGUUCAGCCAGUGAUCCCGAGUCCCAGUCCAUCAGUCGCUCCACCACUCCAGGCUCCUCCAAUGUGACAGAAGAGAGCGGAGCUGGGGGUGGACACUCCCAGACAGGAAGCAUCCAAGAUGACAGCCCACAUCCUUCCUCACCAUCCUCAGAUGUCGGGGAGGACUUGGGGAAGGCAGCGGGGAACAUUCAGCCGCCUCUGCCCCAGCAUCGCGAGCGGUGUCUAGCCUCAUCCUCCAAGGAUUGCCCCUACUGUGGCAAGUCUUUCCGCACCUCCCAUCAUCUCAAAGUCCAUCUGCGGAUACACACAGGAGAGAAACCCUACCGGUGCCCUCAUUGUGACUAUGCCGGCACUCAGUCUGCCAGUCUAAAGUACCACCUGGAGCGUCACCAUCGCGAGCGUCAAAACGGCUCUACUUCAUCAGGCCCAUCUUCUGGCCACACCCCUUCUUCUGACCAUAAGGACGAUCAUGGGAAGACAGGAGGUGGCAUCUUUGCCCGACCAGAUGUCCUCCGUAAUGUUUUCAAGGGCAUGCCUCCCAACUUAGAUUUCAGGGCAGGUCCAUUGCUACCACAUCAGUGGGCGUCAGCUGGCAUGAUGUCUUCUCAUGACAGAGAUCGUGAACGAGAGCGUGGAGACCGCCGUUUUGACUCCUCAGCAGAAAACAUGAAGACUGCCGAUGGCCCAUCCUCCAUGGUCUCAUCAGUGACUGAAAGUGCCGCCAGUUUCUCUGACCUGAGCAGGGCUUACCAAAGCAUGAUGGGAAAUGGAGUCCAUUUUCAAGGUUCACUCCAGGCUUUCAUGGACAAUUUUGUCCUUAGUUCCAUGAAGAAAGAUAUUAAGGAAAACCAGAAUGCAGCCCAGCUCCAGCCCCAGCGCUACCACGAUAAUGGUGAACCCAAAGCCAAGCGAGCAAUCUCAGAUGACCAGGAUAGAGAGGAAAAGACUGAAGCCAAACAGAAGUCAGAGCCUGGGAAACCUGGUUCCCAGUAUGAACCACUUGAUCUGUCUGUAUCAGUCCGGCCUGAGUCUGCUUCUGGAUCUCUCCCCGGCUCAUCAGUCACCAUUCAUGAUAAUGUGGCGUGGCAUGGCUGCCUCUUCUGCUCCUUCUCAACCUCCUCAUUGGAGCUCAUGGCUCUUCACCUCCAGGCCAACCAUUUGAGUAAGGCCCAGCUUCAGCGGUCUGAUACAGGCAAGGAGCUUCAUCGAGAGGGUUCGCCUACCACUUCCACCAUUCUCCCCUCCAACAACAAGACGUCUGGUGUGGCUCUUGACAGAGAUGGAGAUAGAGAUGCAGAGAAAAGCCAGGGAGGCUGGAACAACCACAUGGACCAGCCAUACAACCCCUUCCAGAGUGACUUCUACAGAAGAUUUGGUGGCUUGUAUGAUGGAUCCCCAAGGACCAACCAGAGCCUUCAAGGGUAUAUAGGCCAAGCAGAUCAGGGCCUCGACCUACCUAACCCUUUGACUUUUGGAGGAGCAUCUUCUGCUGGUGAUGAUCACAUUGGUGAGAGAGGCUCCAAUGGAGAUACUGAAGAUGACCGUGUUGGAUCAGAUGAGGAGGUUGUAAAGACGAGGGUGCACAGUGCCAGUGAGACCCCCUCCACCACCCCCAAGAGACAGCAACAACAGAAUCACUCAGAUGAAGAGGAAGAUGAGGGAGGAGCUGCUGAAGAAGAUGAGGACAGAGAUGAAGAUGGGCAAAUGGAGAUGGAGAGAGAGGAAGAGGGAAGUCCAGCUUCAGACCAUCUCCACACCCAUCCCAAACAGCUCCAAGAUGAAUCCCCCCUACCUUCAAGGAGUGGAGCUGGUUUGGCAACAUCUUCCUCCACCAUGACACCACUUUCUCUGGUUCCACAAUCCCAGAACCAAACUUUGCCCCUAGAGAAGCAGUGGCAGCAGGGCCUGGGCCUCUUGUCUCCCGGGGGUCCUUCAGGACUGUUAAAGGCUGAGCAGCAGACCCACCUAGAACAGCAAAUGAACAUGCUGUCUGUCCUCAGAGCCUACAGCAAUGACAACCUCCCAGCAUUCAACGGCCUGGUAGGUGGAGCGGGAGGAGCACCCCCAGGGGGCAUGAAGAGGUCAGAUGCACCUGUGCAUCUGUGGGUAGGAGAGGAGGACCAGCCCAUGACCCAUGACCCCGCGUUGACCCACGACCCCAACCAUCUUAACAACGACCUUAACCACCCUAACAACCAUAACCUAGGCGACCCCAAGGGGCUGGACGCCCAUGCUGUAAACAGAGACUAACGGCCCACACCGGAGCAAGAGAGAAUGAUGAGGAUGAUGAUGGUGAAGGCGAUGAUCAUGUGGAGGAGGAGAAGGAUGAAGGUUAAAUGAAGGAAUACACUAUAACAAAGACUUUAUUUAAGAUGAAAAAAAAACACAUACUACCGUCAGAGUCGAGAGAAGGUGAGAACUAUAUGACGGAAAAGUCUGGGACAGUUUCCUUGGGGGAUGGAUUUUCGAGAUGGACCUAAUGACUUUUGCAAGCAUCCUUGGACACUAAACAAAGUGACACCAACCUUCCUGUUUUGUCUCCUGUGGUCUGAAUGCCCCUUGUCUUUGUUGUCUUAUCUCUUAUACAAGUUUUUUUUUUUUUUUUUUCCUUUUAUGAAACUACCUGUCUGAUUAGCACUUCUUGUAACUGGCCCUGCAAUUUCUGAUACAUUCCUUGAGCUAGAAAGAUAUGUCUUUUUUAAUUAGGACUCAAGUGUAGUGCUUAAUUAAAUGCUUUUCUCUUGUUAAAUGGAGGUGAUAGUUACUUCACAAGUUCACAGACCACCACUAUAUUGUACCUUGUGAAAUGUACUCAACAGAUGAAUAGAAACCCAACUUUACCAGACUGUUGACAGAGACCAAGCACAUUCCUGUCAAACCAGCCACUUCUGGCUCGUCCAUUGGCUGUCAUAGAUUCACUAUUUAUGUCCCACGGCCAUGCUUCACACUGAUUAUAGCUAACAAAAGACAGGCUGCCAUUUAAUAACCUACAACACGUUUCCAGUUUCCAGAGAUAAUAUGGUAUUGCUUGUAUUAAAAACAUACCUGUAGUUGACUUUGAUGAUGGUGGUGCUAAUAAUGAACGUUCAGACUUCCCUAAAUGUAUCCAUAAUACUAUACCCCUCUGCACCUACAGUAUAUCCCUAUGUCUUUCUUUCUUGUUCUGUAUCAUUCAACCCAGCAUCCAUAGAUGCUUAAUGUACACUGAGCGACAUACAGUAGCUGAAAAAAGUGAAGAAAAAAAAAAUGAAGUUUUAAAACGUGUCAAGACGAAAGAGGUGACAGUAGUUAAAAUGGCCACAUAAUCAAACUGAAGGCAUUCUUCUCUACUUUGAAUGAAGAACUGAAAAAAUAUAUAUACAUAUAUAUAUCAAAAACUGUGGAAACAGUUUCUUUCUUUACUACACUCCAUCCCUUUCUCUUCAUCUCUUAUGUCAACCUCAAGGACUCUAGUGUUGCAAAUGUUUGUAAAAUACUGCCACCUAUCAUUGUUGCACAGUGUUACUGACUACUGAAAAUGGUUUGAUGUAUUUACUUUAAGAUGAGAAAAAAAUAACAUAAAACUGGAAAAAAGACAUAUUGUGUAUAGCCUUAGAUACAAGUCAUCUGUUAUUGCUUCUACAAAGCUAUGUAGCUGUGCUAGACUGUAGGAUGUAGGGUUGAUUUUAUUUUUAAUUUUUAUAUGUACUGUACAUUAAUGCCUUGUCCAUUUACUGAUCAAAAAAAAAAAAGAAAAAAGAGGAAAAAGAUGACAAUCGUCUCCUGUGCUGCAAACAUAUUUGCCCCCAUAUAUACAGAAUCCAUUAUGCAUAGAGGGACUUAUCCUUUCUUAUUUCUUUCAUUUGUUUUGAUUCUCAGAAGUAUUUUGCACUGUGAUAGUAUUAUAAAUCCAACCUAUACAGUACAGAACUAGCUAACUAACUAAAAUGAAGGUGUGUGUUUGUGUGUCCCUUGGCAUUGUGAAAUGUUUCUACAUCAUUUUUGUGAACCCAGAGAAAAGUCUAAUGCGGUAUGUACAGUCCAAAUAUAAUAUUUCUUUUUUUUUUUUAGUUGAACAACCUCUCUACUGUAUGUGGCUUUGACAAAUUGUUUCACAGAUUUGUUUUGUAUGCUAAUCCCCUUCUGACCUACAGCAUAGGCCCCUUACUGCUUUAGCCUGGGUGAUUUUCAGUGCUCAAAUUCCAACUUGAGGAGAUUUUGCCGCAGUACAGCCUCUGAUUUAUUUUAACCUUUUUCAUUUGAUUUAUGUAGACUCCAAUUAACCAUUCUUUCAAUGUCAAUAUGCCGGAAAAAGAGGGGAUUCAAAAAUAAAAUUAAAAGAGUGAGACAUAUGAAAUGUGAGAAGUAAUAGUUUAGGGGGUUUAGAAAUGGGGUCUAAGUUAACCAGUUAGAUGCAUCCUGCUGGAGGCACUGACCAGUGGCUUCGACAUCUGACCCUAUUUCUUUUUUUUCCAGACGUGUAAAGAUGAGAGAUUAAGGGUGAGAUUUGAGCUUGGGCUCUCUCCUUCUCAGAACCAGCUAUAAUGAUCAUUCCACUCCACAUAUUAUGUACAAAACCUGUCUUGUGAGCUGAACACUCUUUAUGUUUUGCUGUAUCCUCAUGGCAGAUGCUUCGUUUUGUAACUACUGAACUGUACUUAUAAUAAAAAUAAAAUGUAUUCAAACUAAAAAAAAAUGGAUUGUUGGACAUCAA